GCUUCUUCCUUUAUUUAUCUCCUUCAGUUUGUUUCUUACAGUGUUCUCAUUUAAAACGGUUUGUUAUUUCCCGAACUGGUCAGCGGAGGCUGGUCACCCGGAUGUUCGCUUCACGAUUAAGGACAUCCCCACAGACCUGUGUACGCAUGUCAUCUACGCUUUUGUCUCGAUCAACAGAGACACUUUAGAACUUGUUCCAACUGAUGCAAAUGAUAUCGACGAGAGUGAUAACGAAGGACAGUAUACGGAGUUUAACGAUUUGAAACGUAAAGCGCCCAAUUUGGUAACGAUGAUUUCCGUUGGUGGGACGUCAGAGGCCAACAGCGUAUUAGCGCUCCUAGUUUUGUCACAGCAGACAAGAGAGACGUUUUCUAGGAACGCAGUUAAGUCUUUACGAAAGUGGAAGUUCGACGGACUUGACGUCGAUUGGGAAUUCCCCGGCGAUCCACCUGAAACGAAAGUAGGAUUGGCUCGACUGUUAGAGGAAUCAGCCGUCAAUAUGUGGCUAGAGAGGGGUGCGGCAGCCGACAAAAUUGUUGUUGGUAUCGCUGGUUUUGGCGCCUCGUUCACUUUGAAAGACGAAACGGAAACGGAAGUGGGGUCGCCCGUUGUUGGACCAGGGAAUGCUGGGCCAUAUCGAAUGACUGCUGGACAACUGUCCUAUGUCGAGAUUUGCCUGAUGCUCCGCAAUGGAGGAGCAUUACGGUGGGACAACGAGCAGCAGUCGCCCUAUGCGUUCCUUGGUAAAACCUGGGUCGGCUUCGACAAUCAUCACAGUAUUGAAAUAAAGGUUAACUGGAUGGUUUCGCGGGGAGUUGGCGGAGCCAUGUUCUGGUCUCUGGAUAUGGACGACUUCAAGGGACAGUUCUGCCAACAGGGAAGGUUUCCCUUGGUGCGGACCAUAUUCCAAACGGCUGCACAGUAUUUUCCUAUAAAAAUUGAGGGUGUUCCCGCUGGUGCCGACGGGACAAACAAACAAACAAAAAAUACUACUAUUGCUAGUAGCACAAAUGAAACACACACUGUAGACAGUACAGUUUCGAUUGAAAACGUCACCACGCCGUCACUUCCGUUUCCGUUUAAUCUUCCAAUGAAUGCUGCACCCCGGUUUUCUUGCUUUGUGAUUUCGGCCAUAUAUUGCGCACUUGAAUUAUCUGUAAAUAUUGACAUGUUGCUUUUGAUGUGUUCUUUUGGUUUUCCGUUUACUUUGGAAUAUUAAAAAUAAACAAUAUAUAUAUAUA